AUGAAUCCGGUCGAAAAUCAACUGGAAUGUGGAAAAGAACAAAAUUGGGUUUACAUUGACAACGGUACAUUUCGUUUAUCUCAACAAGCUCUUCUUAAACAUGGACCAAUUGAAUGUGCUUAUCGUUCAAUUUUACGUGAAAACGAUUUUUCAGCUGUUGAAGGUCAACGUUUAUAUCCAGUUGUCGAUAGAAUGCCACUGAUUAGUGACUUUUUCCAUGCAGAUUGUCGCGCAUCAGAUGGCUCGAUUUAUAAUAAUAUACAUAGUGGAAUACACUUCGAUGCUACAUUACAUGAGAGACAUAGUGAAAGUUCAGCAGAUAAAACUCCUCUCAAUUAUAACGUGCUGAUGUUUGGUUAUGACUCAGUCUCUCGAAUAUCAUUCAUGAGAUUAUUGCCAAAAACGUACAUGUAUUUAAUUCAGCAACUGGGUGCCGUUGUCAUGAAAGUACCUGUGUACGGUUCGGCCUAA